AAAAAAAAAAAAAAAAAAAAAACCGUUAGAUUUGUAGCGAUUUUCCAAUGUGCGUCGCGUUAAAAGGGCUCGAGAGACAGAAAGAAACAGUGUAAUCCAAGCAGAAAAAGACAACUGAUUCAUUCAUGGAUAGAACAUGUGUUGUACAACAAAGAGUGGGACACGGGGAGUGAUGAUAAUAAAUAAUUAAUUUUUUGGGCAAUGAUGAAACGAGAUUCAAUUAGCCUGGGGGGAGGAACGAGAAGAGUCUGCAUCAGAUAUAACAAUACGGGGACCUGUAUCGGCAUUCUCAAUAAUGCUGUUUCCAAGUUGGUCAAGUCGAAGUUGAAGGUCGUGGGCAAGGUAAUCGGAGUUUGGGGAUUCUUCCUGUAUAGGUGUCCAUCCCAACGGAGGAGAUCCAGGAGGACUGAUAAGCCAAUUUUUCUCAGAUUUUGGUACUUUCAAACUGGAGCUUUGCAUGAGGGAAGGAUCCUUUGCCGAUACGUCCGGUACAUAGUGACAGUCAAUUGGGGUACCCGAUGGCAAGGUGGUGUAUUGAAGAGUAUGAAGAGCCAACCGCUCUGCUGAGGAAUCGUUAUAAAAAGCUAAUACUUUCCCCAGUCCCUUGAUUACCUUCGUUGAGCUUGGGCUGGAAAACGAAUGUAUGAAUUCCCGCAAUUCUUCGACCGUCCUAGAAGUUGUUGUAAAGACUAUCAUUAAAAUGAAGAAAAUGAAAAAAUCUGACAAGAGUUUUCUAGAAACAAACUCAAAAGAAGAACAGAAAACUGAAGAAUCGUAAUUAUCAAGAAGUAGCUAGUUUGUUGUGAAAUGGCGAAUCCAACAAAGAAAACGAAAACUACAAAGUUAAAAAGGUUAGAAAAGCUUGGGAAAUUAAAUACAGAUUCACAACGAAGAAUGUUUGCUAAGUCAACGUCUUCUGAACGUUCUAGCAACGAAGAUUUAAGGGCAAGUCUCUGUUCCACCAGAGAAAAAAGACAAAAGCAAAAAAAAAAAAAAAAAAAAAAAAAAACGAGAUGAAAGGAAAUGAGUGACAAAUUUCUGCUUUUGCUUUUUAUAGAAGGAAUUCCUUAAAAGGAAAGGCUUUGGAAACUGCACACCGAACUCUCAGUCGUCAUUAUGUUCGACGUUGAGUAAGACAGGCAAAUCCACUGGUAAUACGAAUCUUUGCUACCAACUUUUUAAUCAAGCCUCUUUUAUUAUACUAUACCUAAUUCAACCUACUUAUUUUAAAGGGAUUUCACCUCGACUUGUACCCAUCCAAGACAAGACAACACGAAGUAAAACAAGGACGUUUGACCUUUUUCUAUUUCUUUUUGAUUUUGACUUUGAAUUCUUUAAUUGAGCUCUGUUUUCGUUACGUACAUUCAUAAAAGACAUCUACCGACUUUUCGUAUCAACCCAAGAAGGACUUUCUUUGCAUUUUUACCAGGCUAGACUAGCUUCUGGCUUAGUAUAGAUCUCUAUAUAGUCUGUUCUUUUCGAUGGAUCCGUAAUUUCGAGCUUUAUUCCUCAAAACUCGUUUGGCGAAAUUACGGUCUCCAAUCUCCUCGUCAUCCUUCCUUGGAAAGUGAUCUUACCAUAUGCCGUGGACUCUAAGAAGAACACUUCGAUCUCCUCUGAAACAUGCAAAUGCGAGAAUUCGUAUCGAAUAACUUCUAUUACUCUGUUGACCUCUCCACCUUCGUUUCUUUCUUUUUCAUCCAACACUGUCUUUGAACAAAUUCCCCGAAAGAUAGCUAUCUCGUUUGACCUCGUUAUUUUGAAAUAGUUGCAGAAGAGUAUAUAUCGGCGAAUGACUUCAGUAUAAAUUGAGACGCAACUAUGACACUUCAAUUCUACCAACACCAAAGGUAGAUUCUGUUGUACGAUUGUUUUGCGGGUUUAUUUUGAGAUUAGAGGAAUUUAGCUUUUAUUUUUUCAGCAUUAAAUUUGUUUGAUUUCAUUCCCCCGAUUUCCUUUUUGUUCGACGUGUAUAGUCAUCACCUUGUGUUAUUUCUUGACUCAGGAUUACUUACCUGCGUCCAUUAAUUCAUUCUUGAUUUAACUUUUGUGAUUUCGUAGAAAAAGAAAACUGCUUCUUUCUUUUAUUCAUUUGGACUAUUAGAUCUUGUUACUAUUAGUGCAUAAAAAAAAUUUUUGUAUAUACCUUGAUAUCAACGUGAUUGUUUCCUGAACGCUCCUCGUUAGUUGUUUCUAGGGAUUAUCUUGUUUUAUUCAAGUACAAAACAUAUUUCUUUUUAUUUGCUUCUAAGGUUCUGUUUUCUUUGCGCACCACGAUGACUUUCGAAAAGAAAGUCGUCUUUUUCGACUUGGAUAACUGCUUAUAUCCUAAAUCAUACGCCAUUCAUGAUAUGAUGGCUUCUCGGAUCACCGCCUACUUUUCAGACAAGUUAGGCGUUCCUCAGGAUGAGGCAGAACGUUUGCGGGAAAUCUAUUAUCGUCAUUACGGUAUUGCUAUUCGUGGUCUUGUCCUUCAUCAUCAAAUCGACGCUGUCGACUAUGACAAACGCGUGGAUCAAUCACUUCCUCUCGAAAAGGUAAUCAAACGAGAUGAUCGCUUACGCGACAUGCUGCUUGAGCUUCGUCAAAAAUACAAACUCUGGAUAUUUACCAACGCCUACGUAGUACAUGCCACCCGUGUAUUGGCUCUUUUAGGGAUUGCCGACUGCUUUCACGGAGUUACUUAUUGUGACUAUGAUGCCAAAGAUUUAGUUGCCAAACCCAUGCCCGAAAUGUAUGCGCGUGUUAUGGAGGAUGCAGGCGUCACUAAGAAGGAAAACUGUAUCUUUUUUGAUGAUUCUUACGGAAAUAUAGUUGGGGCAAGGGAUUUCGGUUGGAAAUAUACCAUCCAAUUGGUUGAAAACGAUGAACCUUUACCUGAACCUCAGGCAGGUUCCCAUGUUAUUCGUGAUAUCCAUGAUUCAAAGGAACUUUUGGAUUCCAUAGUUGAAGAAAAAGAACCAACAAUAUAGUCUUCUUCUGUGUUUCUCCAGAUCCUUUGUUUUUAAGAACUUACAAUCCCGCUAUGUCAUGUUCUUUUUUUUUAUCUUCACGAUUUCCAUUAAUCCAUGAGUUUCGCGGCACCUUCGUUUAAAAUUACAGUUGCCUAAUUCCUUCCCUAGGUUAUUCUGUCUAUGAAUUGUCGUAAAAGUUAUGAGUUCUUUAUACGCUUUCUUCGUUUUAUGCAGUUUUAUAAUGAUUAUUUCAUGUUUAGAGCUUUCGCGUCCUAAUUUAUGAACCAUUCGUUUCAGUUUAAUGAAUUGUUUAUUUUUGUAUUGUAUUUUAGUCUGUGUUCUAGUGGCACAAAAACCAAG